ACUACCUUUCUUCACUUUAAUAAUAAUUCAUACAUCUUCACUCUCUCUCUCUCUCUCUCUCUCUUCUUUCUCUCUCUACAACCAGAACACAGUAGACAAAGAUGGACGGUCUGAUCAGGGGCUUGGCGGACGUAGUUCUCGGCCACGGAGACGACGAUGACUCCAGAGAUGAACGGUCCAGAUCCAGUUGGGCUGAGGUUGUGUCUGGCGAUCAGGAUGGAGAUGAACGAGGCUGUGAUCGUCGUUCUCAUGGAUAUGGUCGUAAACAGUCGAAUCCAGAUGAGGGUAUGAGUGAUCAUAGGCAAGAAGAUUGGCCUAAUGUGGAUUCAAGACCUCCAAGGAGAACCCAGAAGGCCACAUAUGGGCAGUAUGAAGCUGGUGAAGAAAGACAUCAGGAAAGCCGUCGGAGUAGAAAGGAUGAUGAUGAUGAGGAAAGCAAUAAUGAUGGUUGGGAGACUGUUGGCAAAAAACCCCAAAGACAACAACACAAGAUUCAGAAGGACAAUUGGCAAGGAUAUAAAAGGCCUGCAAGUGAGCAAGAAUACACUGAUGAAGUUGAAAUCGGUUCUAACAUUGAACCAACAGAAGAAGAGCUGGCCGAUCUAUCUCAAGCGUGCAACAAACUGUGGGAACUUGACUUAAACCGUUUGGUACCUUGCAAGGAUUACGAAAUUGAUUGUGGUGAGGGAAAGAAAGUUCACCAAAGGGAAGAUAUGGCUGGAGGAAGCUUAUUCAACUGGCUGAGUGAAGAUGUAUUCAGGAAGCCUACAUUUUCUCGAUUUUGUUCUCUUCUAGAUAACUACAAUCCUAAUGCAGGAAUCAAAGAAGUUGUCACUUCAGAAGAGAGACAAGAGCAAGCUGCUUUCAUAGAAGAAAUCAGCAGAACUGCCCCGAUUAGAUAUCUACACAAGUACCUUUCAUCCAAAGGAAUUGUGUCUCGAAACCUUCAAGAGUUCAAACAAUUAAUGACAAGUCUUUGGUUCGAUCUCUAUGGCCGAUGUGGUACAUCUGGCUCCUCUUCUGCUUUCGAACAUGUUUUUGUUGGAGAAGUUAAGCAACGUGGUGAACACGAGAUUUCUGGCUUUCAUAAUUGGCUUCAGUUUUACCUUGAAGAAGCUAAGGGAAGGGUUGACUAUCAAGGCUAUAUCUUCCCUCGACGACGUGGUGAAACUCCAGACAGUGAAACCCAAUUACUGACAAUCCAGUUCGAGUGGAAUGGUAUCCUGAAAGCUGUGUCAAGCACUUUGGUUGGAGUAAGCCCAGAAUUUGAAAUUGCAUUGUAUAGCUUAUGUUUCUUUGUUGGUGGAGAGGACAACCACGUACAGUUGGGUCCAUACUCAGUUAAUAUCAAAUGCUAUCGCCUUGGCAACAAUAUUGGAUCUGCUUUUCCUGUCUCUCUCUCAUGAAACUCAUUUCAGAUCAAUUGAGGCCCUGCAUCUUUUGUUGCGGAUUAAGGACUGCUCUCUUGACGGAUUGGAUUAAAAUCAAAUGUGAUGUUAUGGUUUGGGAAAGAGCUAUCUUCAAGGGAAUUAUGUUUUGUGUUAAUCUGAUGAUCUAACACUUUUAUUUAUUGAUGAACACUUAAGCCUCUCUCCCUUUUUGUUAUUGAACUGAAGUUUAAUUAUGACACUAUUUAUUUUGUAAUAACAUAUAUAAAAUCUUAAUUAAAUUAUCCUUGGUAGCCUAGCUUAUUUUCUUACA